AUGGCGUGGGCUAGCAGAGAAAUCCUGGCCAGCAGCCACCUUUCAGCCAGCCAGGUUAUGGAUUGCUGGAAAGGAGCCAUAUGCAGCAGUUGGAUUUAUCCCACGCUCAUCAUCUGUGUGAAUGGGUUUUUCUCCACAAUGAGACCUUCAGAAUCUUUUCUCACACCUUACCUAACCGGACCAGACAAAAACCUAACAGUUGAGCAGGUUACCAAUCAGGUUUUCCCAGUGUGGACAUACUCCUACCUCGCGCUCCUCGUCCCCGUCUUCCUGAUCACUGACUACGUGCGCUACAAGCCCAUCCUCCUCCUCCAGGGCAUCAGCUUCAUUGUCACGUGGCUCCUGCUCCUCUUUGCACACGGGCUGGUGGCCAUGCAGGUGAUGGAAUUCUUCUACGGGAUGGUGACAGCCACUGAGGUUGCCUACUACGCCUACAUCUACAGCGUCGUCAGCACUGAUCACUAUCAGAGAGUGACGAGCUAUUGCAGGAGUAUCACUCUCAUUGCAGCCACCCUUGCUGCCGUGCUGGGACAGCUCCUGGUUUCCUUAGCAGACGUAUCCUACUUUCACCUCAAUGCCAUUACUCUGGCUUCCGUGUCCCUGGCCUUCGUGUGCUCCUUUCUCCUCCCAAUGCCUCAAAAGAGCAUGUUCUUCCAUAGGAAAGGCAGCUCAGAAACCCUCCCACAACCAGACAGAGUUGUGGCUGAGCUCAGUUCCAACACGUCAUUGAGCUGCCAAGAGGACCAGGACUGUGCAGCUGCUGACACGGGACCGAACCCAGCACAGCAGGCUCAGCAGCCCGAGCCCCAGCACCACGUGCUGAGAGUCCUGGUGCAGCUGGGCAAGGACCUGAAGGAUUGCUACAGCUCUAGGAAGCUUCUUUACUGGUCCCUGUGGUGGGCUUUGGCUACAGCAGGCUAUAACCAGAUUUUGAACUACAUCCAAGUGCUGUGGGACUUCCGAGCUCCAUCUCACAGCUCUGCAGUGUACAAUGGAGCUGUUGAAGCAGUGGCAACAUUUUUAGGUAAGUAAAAACACUAGCAACUACUUCUAAUUUGUCCCGUCCUGAUAGCAUCCUUCAGUAAUGUCUUUGGUGCCUAUUUCCUGUGAGGAUCAAGGUCAGAGGAUAUAGUGUAAAAAUUGAAGUAUAUUAACAGAAACUGCACUAGGAAGUGUUUCAAUAGCAGACUAAACAUUUCAAGGUGAGUGAUCCUAGACAAACAUUUUGUGACUGCAUCCAUAUUCUGAUCAAUGAGUUCAUCUCCAGCUGUGACAUGCAGAGAGAAGGUGAGAGCUGUAAUUGUUUAGCAGUAAGACACGGGAUCUUAUUAAUUCACAUAAAUAACUGAAGAGGGAACUAAGAAGAGUUGAGCCAGACUC